AUGCCAGCAACAAGAAGUCCAAGCGGUCUCAGCACUCGAUCCGCAUCCUGGAACUACUCGAAUGCAGAAUCGUUCAACGACGACAUGUACUCGAACAUGACCUUCUACGACACACGUCCACAGCCAUGUCACCCACACUACGCAACCCUGCCCAGAAACUUCAGGAACAUGAACAACAACAAAAGACAGUGCAGGUCUGAAUUACCACCACCAUACACUGGCACGGAAAGGUUCUCAGACGACUUCACCCACGGCGACUCUGGCUACAGCUCCACCGGCACACCCUCUCCAGAGCCAGAGUCCUGGCAUCUACCCACCCGCCAAUGCACACUCCUGAGACACCCCACCAACGACCGCCGCUGCAAAUCAGACUACUACUUCAUGCACCGACCCUCUCCAGACAAAUUCACACAACCCAGCAUCGAGCACGGCAUAGCCUCCGGCCCAACCAACCCGAUAAUCUCCUUUGUGUGCGGCAUGCAACCUCUAUCUCUUUUUCCCAACAACGANCAAAUCAAGCAACAAGAAAAACGCCGUCGCAUUACCAACAACGAUUUCUCGAAAUCGGAUGCGGAUCCUUUGACUUAUAUCCGCGACAAUUGCGAAAACGCCACUAGAGCUUUGUCUAGUCAUCGGAAAUUACACAAUUGUGAUUGCGACUUUGCGUAUCUGGAUAACAGAAAGAGAGGGACAGGAAGUGUGUGGAGGCGAGGAGAAGCUGACGAAGGCGAGCUUGUUGUUUCGAGAGCAGAUCUUGGUCCAUCGAGACCGUGUAAGAAGACUUGGUUUACUGGGUGGUUUGUUAGGCAGCAUCUGGCAUACCACGAUCGCUAUUGUGCUUGUGGGUGUUUUGGAGUCAAGAAAUGA